GGCUCUGAGAAAUGUCUGGUAAUGUUGUAUUGAUUUCCAAGAGCAAGCUUAGCAUUGUUGGCUAAGGCCAAUAUCCCGUGAAGAAGUGCAAACAGAAAGUGAUGGACAACAAUAACCAUUUAAAGAAUAAUUGAAAAUAUACAGCAGCAAAAGCUAGGGAAGUUUGAAGUACCACUGAAUGGAACUGCAUAGAGGUUUGGGUUUCUUAUGCAACACUCUCAUGUGUUAGGAAACCUGCAUGUGCAGAACCCACCUCUCAGCACUCAGGCUGCUGGGAGAGUACCUUUCAGGUAUAAAACCUGAUGGGAAACAGCACCAGAGCUGUACCUCUGUCAAGAAGAAAACGUGCACAGCAAUGGGUGGCAAAUCUGUUGCUGUCACUUUGGUUCUCUACUUGCUCUCAAUGGCAGGGUCAGAAGGUAAGGCCCUGGAGAAGACAGCUGAAAGAGGCUCCCAAUGCCAGUGCAUAAGUACUCAUUCCAAAUUCAUUCCUCCCAAGACUGUUCAGGAUGUUAGAUUAAGCCGAAGAGGACCUCACUGCAAAAAUGUGGAAAUCAUAGCUGUGCUGAGAGAUGGCAGGGAAGUGUGCGUGGAGCCCACUGCGCCCUGGAUCCAGCUGACUGUAAAGGCUCUGCUAGCCAGGGCCAGGGACAAUGUUGAGUCACCAGUCAAAGAAAAGUCAAGGAAGAAUAAACCUUGGAUUUCUGCAAGGAUAUGAAAUGAGAGAAAACAUUGCUGCUGAGAAUGCUAUAAUUUCUGAUGAGAAUGCCCCCUCUGCUACAUUACUACUGUUGAUUAUUUUUCUUUCCCUGAGAUGGUUGCUGAGUCAUCUUAUUUUCUUUGCUGUUUCUCUCUCUAAACUUCUGUCUGUGAUAGAUCGAGGAGUUCAAGGUUAAUGAAAGUGUUUAAGUGUUGUAAUGAUGAGAAUAAACAAGAUGACAUUAGUUACCCCUAAAUGGCCUGACUUAAACAGAAACAGAAUAAACACAUAAUAAAGAAGCAUCUGUGUCACU